UUCCAUUCUAGCCGCUCAGUUGCUUCUAGUUUGAUGUGAUUGCCGGCUGUGAUGGCCAAAGCAGAAGAGCUGAACACGGAUUGGCAGCGCAGCGCAGGUGACUUCCACUGCCUUGGACCGUGCCAACGGAAGCGGCUUCCGGCCUCGGAGUUUUCCAAGAAGCAGGUUGAACGUGCACUGGACUCCUUGAGGAACAUUGCUGACAAGGACAUCCGCACCGGACCCGAGAUUCAGACGGUGCUGUACCUCUCUGGGGUGUGCAAACGCUGCACGGAGGACAAGGAGCGGCAAGCGCAAGCGGACGCCGCAGCGCGACGCGCAGGGAACGCAGGGAACGCCGACGCCGAAGCGGAACCGGACGUGGCGGGAGAGCAGGUGGAGGUGACUUUGUCUUCUCGACCCUUUGGUUUGACACCGUCCAGCAAAGGUCCUGGCUAUGUGGUGCUGAAAGCUUCCGAAGGGAAACCUGCUGCAAAGGCUGGCGUUCGCCCCGGCUGGCGCCUGGUAGCCAUCGACCGUGCGGAAGAAGGUGCUGACCUGCCGGAGUGGCAGAGCCGGUUGAAGGCGGCGGAGCUGCCAGUGAAGAUGACCUUUGAGACUUUGGGGAGCAGAGAUUUUUGUACCAGCUGUCAGGAGAUCUUGCCGGGCUCUAGCUUCUCACGAAAGAUGCGGACGAAACCGCCAGAGAAGCGCCGCUGUAGCGCUUGUGUGGAGGACGCUGCCGAAGAAGGCCCGAACGAGAACGGAGAGCAGCGAAGCGAAGCCGCGGAAGGUGCUGCCAGCAAGCUCUCGGAGUUGAAGCAGCUUUGUGCAGAGACGGCCAAAGAAGCUGAACAGGUCACAGGACUUAAAGCCGUGCGUGGUGCUGGGCGUGGCCGAGGCCGUGGCUACAAGCGCCCGUAGUGUCGAAAA